UGUUAGUGUCCAGUAUCGUUCAUCGGUCGUUCGUUGGUCAGAGUGGUCGGUCUUCCUUACGUCCUUGUAAUUGCUACAUGUCUUUCCAGAUAUGCGCAGUAGCUAUUAACCAUACGAGAUCGUCGCUAUCGAGGCAUUGUUAGAGCUUUCCCAGACACCUAGUAGUGUCCUGCAUAAUAUCGUUCAUCAAGCUUACGUAUCACGUGAGACUCCACGUGAAGAUCUUACCGAAAACUCAUCGCUUUCUUCCUCCCCAUCAUGUCCAGAAGAUACAUCCCAAACAUCAUCAUCACAGGUACCCCCGGCUGCGGUAAGACCUCGCACGCAGAGGGCUUGGUGGCCCAAUUGAAUGAAGAAAUCCACGUCAAAAACACGAAGUUCCAGCACUUUUCAAUUAGCGACAUCGCAAAAGAACGCAAGUGUAUCGACAGCUACGACGAGGUUCUUGACACGUCAGUGGUGGACGAGGACAAGUUGUUGGACAGCUUGGAGCCAGAUUUGGAAAAGGGAGGAAUUAUUGUUGACUGGCACUGCUGUGAGAUUUUUCCUGAGAGAUUGAUCGACUUGGUGGUGGUUCUCAGAACCGAUAACUCGCUCUUGUUCGACAGACUCAAGAAGAGAGACUACAAGGACAACAAGAUCCAGGAGAACCUCGACUGUGAGAUCAUGGAGGUGAUUGCCCAGGAGGCUAGAGACUCGUACAUCCCUGAAAUCGUGAUAGAAUUGGGCUCCAACACCGUGGAGGAAAUGGAGGAGAACAUCGAGAGAAUCUUUGCCUGGACCGAUAAUUGGGUCAAGGACCACGAGGACGGUGUCACCAACGAGUUGGACCCCGAGGUGGCUGCGGCUGCUGCAGCUAAGCAAGGCGACAGCGACGAGGAGCUUGAUUAGGGUGGAUGUAAGCAUGGAUACAAGGCUGCAAUUACAUAUAGUUUCCAGUGUAGUAAUUGUAUAUUGUUGAUCCAUCUAGCUUGCUAAAUGUGGAGUCAAAGUUGUAUCUUAGUAUGUGUAACAUGGAGCAGGAAUUAACACGGACAGAA